AUGGAUAUGAGCCUAGAUUAUAUAAUAAAGAACAAGAAAGUUGCUGUGGCCCCAUCCAAACGAUUGGCUGUGAAGAAACCACCAUUGAGGGAAACAUUAAAUAGGCCGGCAUUUAAAGAGGCUGCUCGCAUUACAGAUGCUCGUAUGAAAAUCAUACAGAAAAAUCGUGCCAAAAUUCGUGAUGCCAGAGAGAAAUUGAUCGAAAUAACCCGUAACAAUGGUGAUGUACGCAAGAAGUUGUCACAGAAACAGGAUUUGAUCGUGUGGAAGGCACCAUAUAAGGCUAGCAGUUUUAAAUACAGUCGAUUGGGUGGCGGUGAUGUUGGUGGUAAACUUGCAGCCGAUGCUGGUGGUUUGAAUCACCUGACACCACCAUCACCACCAAAUGGUUCAUCGUCAUCAUAUGGUGGUCUGUCCAAAUCAUUGUCAUCAUCAUCGUCGUCGUCAUCAGGGUAUCGUAUAUUUGUUAGUCAUUUACAUCCCAGUGUAACACAAUCGGAUAUUAAGGAACUAUUCGAAGAUAUUGGUGAAUUGUAUGAUUCGCGAAUUGUUCGGCCUGGUGUAGCUGAAAUUAUUUAUAAGUCAUUGGCUCAUGCCGAGAAGGCUGUAGAUACUUAUCACAAUCGUCAAUUAGAUGGCCAACCAAUGAAGUGUAUUUUGGUUAAUCCCAGAGCCUUAAAUAAACCAACAGCACCUGCAGUAAGAACUUCAAGUUCGCACUCAUCAAAUAAGACACCCCUAGAGAUUGAUAUAUAUGCUUUACAUAAAGUGAUUUUCGGCGUCAAAUAA